GGGGCCGUGACAAAUUUUUAAAGCGGAGCCAUCCUGCCUGCUGCUCAGCCAGAGGUUCGAACCCCCACCAGGUCCAUCCUCUGGAGGGAGAGGGGUCGUGUGGAUGACCGCGGAGUGCAUCUCCCCCCGACGCGCGGCAGAGGACGCGUGUGGAUUCAUGGAAUGAACUCAGUCCCACCGGCCACAAUGUCAGGGAAGUCAGAUGGAAAAAAGAAGUGGGCGGCGGUCAGGGAUCGCCUGGGCUCGUCGCAGGACUCCGACACCCAACAGGAGGCCAACCUGGAGAGCGCCGACCCAGAGCUGUGCAUCAGGCUGCUGCAAGUUCCCACUGUGGUCAACUACUCGGGGCUGAAGCGUCGCCUGGAGGGCAGCGACCAGACAUGGAUGGUCCAGUUCUUGGAGCUCAGCGGACUGGAUCUGCUCCUCGAAGCCCUGGACCGGCUCUCGGGGCGCGGAUGCUCCCGCAUCGCCGACGCCCUGCUGCAGCUCACGUGUGUCAACUGCGUGCGGGCGGUCAUGAACUCCUCCACAGGGAUCCACUUCAUUAUAGACAAUGAGGGAUACAUCCGGAAGCUGUCACAAGCCCUGGAUACCUCCAACACCAUGGUGAAGAAGCAGGUGUUUGAGCUACUGGCAGCCCUCAGCAUGUUCUCUGCAGACGGCCACCGCCUGGCUCUGGAUGCCCUGGACCAUUACAAGGGCGUGAAGACGCAGCAGUAUCGCUUCAGUGUGAUCAUGAAUGAGCUGCAGGCGACAGAUAACGUCCCCUACACGUUCACACUCCUCAGUGUCAUCAACGCCAUCAUCUUCGGCGCAGACGACCUCAGGCAGAGAGAUAAGAUGAGAAAGGAGUUUAUCGGGCUUCAGCUACUUGAUAUCCUGCCGAAGUUAAGGUGA